AUGAACCUCUGCACCAGGCAGUGGUUCAUCCUCGCCGCACUGUGUGCAUUGCCGCGGCCAUGGGGACAACGUCACGACCUCGUCCUCGCCAUAGCACGACCCUGUCCGAUGCGCGGUUCCAGGUUCGCACAGUGGAACACGUUUCGCCCUAGGCGUCUUGAUGGCGGAAGGAAAGCUGUUAUGGCGUUGUAUCCAGCGGAGACUCGAUACCCAAAAACACCCUGGACAACUGCACUGCUACUGAUGACUCUCAUAGCGCUGCUAUCCACACGGAAUGUUCUGGUGGCUUCGGGGCUGUCUUGGCUGAGACUGAUGGCACAAAAGCUUGGAGUUUCUGCUUCGAUCUUGCUGGCAGUGCAAGCAGGCGCGACAUUUUCCAGUGGUUUGCAAUUUACAUCGACCCUGUUGGCGACCAUGCUGCUGGGUCGAGCAGUGGAGGUGACGAUGGGUGGUCCUAUCUUGUUCAGCACUUUUGUUUCGGCCUUUUUCCUCGCACCAAUUGCAGCUUGCCUCACUUGGAAGAGCGCUCUUCCUGCUGGAACAUCACAUGCUGCAAGUCUCGUCGCUUUCUUUCUCUUGUUUCUUGCUACUGGCCGCGUGGUGAAUGUCUCGUCGGUGCAAAAUUCUGAGCCGCUGCCGGGCUGCACCAGCAUCAGCCUGUGGCUGAACCGCUGGAGGCUCUUCAAAUCGCUGCUGCUGGGGCAGUUCCUGUGGAUUGUACUUUGUGCAUCAGUGCCUUUCUGGCAGCUCCGUGGAAGCUUGGUGCUGGCUGUGGUUAUUGCAGCCGUUCAUUGGAUUGUUUGGAAAUGCUUCAUGUCAGAUGGCAGCUCCAAAUUGGAUUUCAAGAAGCAGGGAGACCAGGUGGUCGACGUGGUGGAUGGCUGGCUCCAGUCGCAAGAGUCUCAACUGGACACUGCGUUGAAGGUGGCAGAUACGGCUACAGAGCUGGUGGGCAGCGAAGCGGAAGAUUCCAAGGGCAUGUUGUCAUUUCUAUCUUCAGGGCUGCAAGGUUUCCGCAGUGCUCGCCAAGAAGCGCGCCGCCGGCUCGAUGAUUCGCUCAAGCACCUGGCGAGUGACACGGAUGAAAACCCGCCAGUCGCUUGCACGGUGACGUUGGUUCUGUUCCUCUUCGUCUCGCAAAUGAUUGAGCAGCAUGGAGGUAUGAAGUUCUUCCAAUUUGUCAGCAAUGCGCCCAACAUCGCGUGGCCACAAGCAAUACUUUCCACGUUUCUUUUGCCCGAUUGGAAGAGCUUCAGCUGCAGCAGUCUUCUUCUUCUCCUCUUUGCUCGUCCCAUUGAGCUCGACCUGGGCCCUUCCACGCUGGCGCUGCUCUACAUCACGUCGGGGCUGGCCACGAAUCUCCUGUGCCAUUGGGGGAUGGUGUCAGCACCACCGGGGCUGGCCGCCAUGGGGAGCCUAUGGGCGCUGGUGAUCAUGGGGAUGAUGAUCACCUUGAAGGAUACAGUGAGGUUGAAGAGACCUGGCCGCAGGCUCCGAUCCUUCACAGCUCUUCGGCAAUCCGCACAGCGAGUAGAUGUCGCUCGAUGCUUGGAGGCUGUGGUGUUGCUUCACUUCGUUGAAUAUCUCAUGGAUGCCUGGCUGGUUGAUUGCGGCGACGGGAGGCUCCCCACUGUGCCGGACAGCUUCGCGGAUGUCGGGUAUGAAGGCUUGGCCUGUGGAUACCAGCCAGCACCACGACAUGUCAAUGCAGCACAUUUUUCAGGCACGCUGCUGGCGCUGCUCUUCGAUUGGAUCCCAAAACCUUGCGCCACUCCGUUGCUCCUCCGAUGGUAUGGUUCCUACUUUCCGCACAUCAUCACCGCCGCCGUGAGUCCUCCGCCCGAAUGGAGCCCCGUGCCCCACGUGAGUUGCCACGGAAAACACGGACGAUGGCACCUCUGUGGCUUGGUACCCAUCGAAGUGGGACUUAUGAGGUGCUACGCCGUCACAAAGGCAGGACGUUUUUCGUCAAAUCCCAAAGCUGGUGGCUGCUUCUCAAACUACCUCUUCCUGCAGGCUGAUGUCUUCAUGCGACCCUCCAAGCUCUCAGGCUAUCCGUUGGAGCGGCCAUGGAUGUUGGGCGUGGGCGGGUAUACCCCGAGGAGCUUUGGGGACAAUUUCGUGGAUGAAACAUGGAAAGGCCAAGUGAAAAGCAAAGACAAGGCAUUGAUAAGAAAGUGGUGGCAGAGCCUGGCUGCGCCAGGCUUAAAGAAGCUCUAUGAGGCCGCAGCUGGUGGCCCCAAGAUGCCUCAUGCCUCGGUUUCAGGGGUGGCCAAUGUGCCUGCCAUCAUGAGCAGAUACUUUGUCACACUGGCCGAAUCGAUGGGCGACCUUAGAGGUGAACUGGCCCAAUCGCUGAUCUUUGAUUUGUGGGAUUCGAUCCCUGGCUCUCGUCCCACGUGGCUGAUCGGUGACAACGAGACACUCUGGACGAGUGGGCCACCGAAGGCGCAACGCAUGUAUGAAGAUCAGAGCGUUGCCUUCACCCAUCCCCUUUGGUUGUCAGGCCUCAGAGAGCAGCAGAUGUUGGACGAAUACCUGUCGAAGCAUCCCGAGGACUUUUGA